GGAGCUGGGAGUGGGGCUUAUCUCAGGCAGGAGCAAUCGAUCGUCGCAUUCCUUCGGGAGCGUGACGUAAGGCUGCUGCGGCGGGUCUUUUGAAACAGAAGGGAGGGAGGGAGUUGCGCGAGGGAAGCGGGCCUGGCUGGGAGCUGCUGCUGCCGGGAUGGAAACAAGGGAGGGCGCGGCGGCGGCAGCGGCAGCGGCGGCUCCUCUUGAGGGCUUCGUUGAAGAGACAGCAGAAGAAGCCCGACGGCUCGUGGGCGAGGAGGGGCAGGAGAAGCUGGACCUGGUGUCGCUUUUAAGGUCAGGCCCUCUCUGUGUAUUGGUGUCGGGCGGAGUCUCAACACACAGAGAAACACUCACACUCCCUCACAUAGGAGCCAACGCCCUUCGCUCCCCCAUAAAAUAUUUGAAGGGGCCGCCCCCCCUAAAGUUGAUGGGCAUUGCCAUUCAAAUAGUGAACGUGUGCCACGUCAUGUGAUUGAUUAUUGUUGUUCCGCCUGGCCUUUGGCUUGGAGCCAAUUUGAUUCCCUCCCCUCGUUCUUUUUUCUUUCUCCUCCUGUGAUGAGGCUGCAUUUUAAUGUUUCAAUAUUUUAAUGUUGUUUUUUAAUCUUGUUUUUAAGUUGUAUUCAUUCAACUUAUUUUUAUUAUUGCUUGUUAGCCGCCCUGAGCCCGGCCUUGGCUGGAGAGGGCGGGGUAUAAAUAAAAAUUAUUAUUAUUAUGCCUCCCCCCAAAAAAUAUUUUAUUCAUGUUGGCACCCCUGCCGUCUCUACAGGCACCCACACACAAACACCCCCCCCCCUGCAAACUGCCGCAUUUGCUGUUAAAGAUCAUGGUGAAUUUGAAUUUCGAUGCCACCUCUGUAAUAUUAUUUAGAAAAAAAUGCAUUGGAAGCAUGUAAACCUUAAUUGUGCAUAUUUAGUUAUUUAUUAAAGUGCCCGGGUUAGUGCAAUGGGUCUGUGCAUCUGGCUGUUAACCAGAAGGUUUGCGUUGCAGGGGGUUGGACUAGAUGACCCUCGGGAUCCCGCCCAACUUUAUGAUACUGUGGCUUUUAUUUGUUGCUUCCCAAAGAAAAAAUGUCCUGAAGGGAUUUAACAGUGAAAACAUGCAUAAAAAACAACUUGGGGUCCAAUGCAAAACAAAAAUCUACCCUUAAGAGGCUCGUGGGAAAAGGAAAGUCUUCAAAAGACUAUAGAGGCAGCAUCUGAUAUGCAGUGGGAGGGAGUUCCAAAGAGUAGGUGCUGCCACGCUAAAGCCCCAGUUUCUACACUGCAUGGAGCAGGCCUCCUGAGGAUAUGUUAUCUGUAAGAAACCCUCUCCUUCAGAGUGCAGUCAUAGGCUGGGCAUAAAAGGAUAAGAUUAUAUUUUAGGAAUUAUGGUUCCAGGCUGUAUUGGGCUUUGUCCAGCUGUACUGACAUUACAGCUAGUUGAGCCAUUGUGUUUUGCAUUAGCUGCAGCUUCCAGACCAACCUCAGUGGCACCCCACACCCUCACAUUAUAGGUUAUAAGUUUCAAGUGGUAUACUAUGCUUGAGCCCAGGCCAGCUAAUUAUGAUUCAUUAAGAGAACAAAGGGAAUGACUCUGUGCCAGAGGCCAAAUGGGUGGGCCUCCCUCCCUGAUUAGUUAAAGGUAAAGGGACCCCUGACCAUUAGGUCCAGUCGUGGCCGACUCUGGGGUUGUGGCGCUCAUCUUGCUUUACUGGCCGAGGGAGCCAGCGUACAGCUUCUGGGUCAUGUGGCCAGCAUGACUAAGCCGCUUCUGGCGAACCAGAGCAGCACACAGAAACGCCGUUUACCUUCCCGCCGGAGCGGUACCAAUUUAUCUACUUGCACUUUGAUGUGCUUUUGAACUGCUAGGUUGGCAGGACCCUGAUUAGUUAGGUAAAAGUAAAAGGCCAUAGCUGAAAAUUCAGUUAUGUGAAUGAGAAGUUGGGAGAGAGGCUGCAGGCUGCAAUGGCAGAGAGAGUGUCAUGGCUGAUUUCUUCUGGAAUCCAAGGUUGUGGUAAUGGGAGAAGCAAGAUUCUUUCGGGAUGUUAUUUUAUUAUUAUUAUUAAAUUUGUAUACUGCCCUUCAUCUGAAGAUUGGGUCUUUCUAAAGACAUAUCCAGCUCCUCCUUUAAAAUGCUGAUCAGAAUGCUACUGUCUUUGAUUUCAGUAUCAGAUAAAAGGUGGAUGCUAUUAAUUCAUAUGUGAACAAGAUAAAUUUUCUGUAAACUACUACCAGAUCCACUCUCUUGAUUUUUUUCUGUUAAUUUGUUUUUUUACUUUGUAGAGUAAGAGAACAAAUAAAGCAACAACUUUUGGAAUAUAAUGCAACAGUUAAUGCAAGUAAGUGUGUGACUACCAUUGUGAAAAAUAAAAACUUAUGUUUAUAUAUUGCUAAAUAAAAAACACAGUACAAAUAUGUAAAGUUAUUUGAUAAGCCCUUGUUUAGAAAGUAAAUACCAGGAUGAAGUCUCUUGAGGACUUUAUUUCUCUUUGUGAUGUAUAAUCCUAUGAAAUGGUGUUUUGAAACUUACUAUACUAUUGGCAUGUUCCUCUUGGGGGGGGGGAGUGUUUUUCAGUUACUUCUAACAUAUUCAUCUUUUAUGUGACAGAUGAAGAAAUCAUUACGGAUCAAGUUAUUGAUGAAAAGGCCAUUGUGAGGUGUGUCAUCAUAACUUAUUAAUGAAUAUGCUACUAUGAUGUUUCCAUGGUUUCCCCCCACGUACAGUUCAAACAAGCAAAAACUUACUUUUGUGCUCUAUGCAAAAGGCAAAGGACUAACGGCAAUGUUAUAUUUGUAAGGAGGAAAUGGGCAUGAAGCAUUAACUUGUAUCUCUUUACAUGUUGCAUAUUCUAGUUCAUUUCUAUUUGCAGAAUUAUCUGUGAUUUAACAAAAUAACUGAAAAUGUUGUAGUAUUUAUAAAUUAUCAGGCUUGUGUUUAAAAGUGUCUAAAAUAUCUUUAUGCUUGUUCUGAGUUUAAAUGGCAAGCUUUAAAAUUGUUUAUCCUUAACAAACAUAGUUGAAAGUAAACUGUACUUAUUUCAGUGGGAUGUAUCUCCAAGGGAAUGUGUGUGAAAGCAAGGUAAAUGGGAAUAGCGGCUUGUUGUGGUUUUGUUCAUUGUGCUCAGACCAUGUUAAAAAAACACACAAAAAACUGGAAGUUCUGUGGCCAGUUUAAAUUGUGUAAAUGGUUGUCUGCAUAUUUUGUAUGUUUGCCCCUUUGAAGAGCAACAAGCUGUCCAUGGUGUUAAUACUCCACUGCCUGUGUUGGGAAUUCUGCUCAAUCCCUUCCCCUGUAUUGUCCACCCACCAACCUUGUUUCAUAGCCUUGGGGUCUAGAAACUGGAUUAAUUUCUCAAUGAAAGUUGAAAUCUGUAUGCUGAAUGCUGCAUCCAAUAACAAGUUACGUGCUUGUGUGGCAUGGUCUCAGAAAGCUUUCCCACCCAAUAAUGCUGGCAACACAGAUGUUACAUUAAAUGCGGAGGAGGAGCAGAUAUCAUUAUAUGAAUAAUUUUAGCAUUACAUAUCUACCUACUGUUCUACAUCUCCAAGUUCCCAAUGCAACUUGCAGAAAGAGUAAGAACCAAUCUCUGAGCAGAGCAAUAUUGCUUUUCAAACAUCAAUAACGAGGAAAAUGUAUUAAAAACUUACUCAGUUGUUAGAAAAGUUUGAUAGAAGAAUCACCUUCUAAGAAAUAUACGUUUCAGAUCACCUGAUCCUUGGUUUCUGUUUACCUGAGUUUUCUUUUGCUCUUAGUACAAUAGAAGACUUGGAAGGGGAAUUGGAAGAAGUGAAGCUAUCACACAGACACAAAACUUUGGCAUUACAAAGGUAAAGAUUCAGUCUUUCUGAAAAGUUGAAGUAUAACAUAGGACAUGAAUGAAGAACUAAUGUAGAUUGGAGGAAUUGAAAAUAUACUGUGUCUGUUACCACAGGGAUGGCUUGUUUGGUCAGAUUCUUACCACAUGGAAAUUAAAAAAUCCAAGCCACAAUCCAGCAAAUGUUAUGUGGAAUUAAGAUCCACUGAAAUUAAUGGGCUUGUGCAUCCAACUCAGUGCUUGAUUGUGCAGCAAAGUUACAUAUGUGAAAUUACUUAAUAGUAAUUUUUAUGCUUUACAAAAUUGAGCAUUAGACAACUUUUUACUCUGCAGCUGCCUUCUAUUGAACUUCAUAUAUGUCUGCUUCUUUUUAAAAAAUGGUUUAAUGGUUUAGUGAAUAUAUAAAUAAAACCUAUGACAUUUAGCCAUAGCUGUCAACUUACAGAUUUGAAAAUAAGGGACCAGCAGCCUCAAAAAUAAAGGAUCAGCAGCCAGAAUAAGGGAUUUCAGAGCACAGCUAUGUUCAACUUCUGAGCCCCUCCCAGCCAAAGGCAGAAAGCCCAGUCAGCAGCCAAACGAAGCCUCAAGCGGUGGUUCCCACAGCGCAGCAACCCGGCAAAGGGGAUGCAGCAAGGAAAACCACCGUCACCUCUCCGCUGCGAAGCGCUGAGCAAAGGCGAGUCCCCAAGCAACGCGGCCAAUUUGAUCGGCACAAGGCAUGCAAGCUCCACCCCCCAGUCGUUCUUAGACUCCUUAUUGGGUGAGCAACGCAGCCAAGCAACACAGUUGGAGCCUCCCUCCUCCCUGGCUGGCAGGGAGGGAGGGAGAGGAGCUGCUUCCUUUGAAAUUUAAGGGACAUCAUUUAAGGGACAUCCAUCAAUAGGGGACAGCAGCGGGACACAGCGCUGGGAUAUGGGACUUUCCUGCCAAAUAAGGGACGGUUGACAGCUAUGCAUUUAGCACAUGAAACAGCUUAACCACUAAUUGAAAUAAAAUAUAUUAUUGGAAUUUCAUCAGAAAUACAAACACAAGGUUCCUUACUAUACAAAGUUUCAUACACAUCUUGAUCUUUGAAAUACUCUGAUGUGAUGUGUAAUGUUUAGCCAGUAAGUUAUGGUGCAUCACUUGUUCAUGGACAUGUGUAUAUGAAAGCAGAAAAAAAUUCUUAGAAUCCAGUUCUUAUUUCUUCUAUGAAUGUCCUAGACAUACUGUUAUGCAUUUCCUCAGAACACAUCUUACUUUUCUUCUUCUUUUUAACUGUAUAGGUUGCAAGUAAAUGAUGCACUUAGAGCCAAGCUGAGGAACAAUGAUGACAACUUAAAGUAAGGGGAUUUGAAAGUCCAAGGAGUUAUUUAAACUGAAUUAUUUAACUGACAAGAGUAUUUGUAGCUUGUUUAAUGACUAUGGAAUUGAUAUUUAAAUACUGCUUCUGUGGAUAAUAGAAUAUUUCAGAAAGGCACCCUGGUUAGACAACUGAUAUUCCUAGAUGAAAUUUCUAGUCCCUUAUAGUUGGUUUAAAUCAGCUGUUGCAGUGACCUAUUUUAGUCCUUUGUAAAAUUCUCAUACUGUGGUUCCAUUUAACUACAACUGGGAUACAGUUUAAAACUAGAAUCAGGUUAAAAUUAGCUGUGAUCUCAGCAAACCUAUUCCUUAGAAUUGUGCUGUUGCUGAUUUUUAUAGAAGGCAGCUGCUGCUUUUGUUUUUGGUUGGUUGGUUGGUUGUUGGGCAGCGUCCACUUAGAGUAAGCGCCUAUGUCAUUUACCUCCCCAUAACAUGUUUUGGCAGUUUCUCACAGGGAAGUCAUAACAGUGAAAGUAACUCCCCUAGGAAGAAAACAGCUGAAGAGGGGAAAACAUGGACAAUAAAAAAGUGGGCGGUCUAGCAUGCUGUUGUCCCCACCCUGGUUUUCAAAUGGCUCCAGCCCCUUUGCUUCAUAGGAACUUGACCAAAUCUGCAUUACAACGCACAGGUGCUGGUGCCAUAACAUGUACUUUUGAGACUUUUUCUCUAAAUACUGCUUUUUAUUGUUGUUUUUCACUGCUUGCAACUUGCUGCAGCUGCAGAUGAAUAUCUUGAUGCCCAGGUGUGUUGCAUGCUUAGCUGGCAUAAUACACACAUAGAAGUACUAGUAAAAGCCGAAGACAGAUCUCUUGAUAUAUGAAUAUUUGGCCAUUAGAAAUACCCCCAUCACCUGGCUUUUAGACCUGAUCUGGUGCAGGCCGUUUUCAACUCUUUUUGUUAGAGAAUAGUGGAUUGAAGUCAAACUGCCUUCACUUAAAUUGAAUCUGUGAAUAGAUUUAAACCAAGGGUGGGGAAUCUGUGGCCCUCCAGAUGAUGUUAGACUACGUUUGUUUGUUUGUUUGUUUGUUUGUUUGUUUACUUAUCAGUUUCUACACCACUCAACAUAAAGAUAUCUAGGCACCAAAGCAAGAAACUCAAUAUGAUAUAAUAUAAUAUAACAUAAAAUACAGAAUAAAACAGUAUGUUAUGUUCAGUAAAACAUACAAGGCUGGGUCAUAUUGCAGGGGAAAUGUGUCAAUAAAGUCUUAACCAAGCGUCCAAAAUAUAUUUUCCAUAAUCCCUGACUAUCGGCCAUCCCGGUUGAUGGGAAUUGGCCAACACCUGGAAGACUCAAGAGUUCCGCAGCCCUGGUGUAAACUAAGGACCAAAUGAAAUGCUACACACAAAAUGCACAACAAAAAUACCAGCCACUUUGGGAUGGGAUGAUUUGGAAGAAAUAGCAGUAUGGGGGCUGCUUAAUGCUUUCUGCUGCAACUCCCCCUGUGGGAAACACAUUUGAAACUCUGUAGGGAAAAGAACAAUGUGGGAAGGGGGGAGGGGAUUUACAACAGAAAACCACAGCAAGGGAAAGAAUUAAGCAGCUUAAUCCAACACUGCAUAUUCACUCCAAAUCACCCCAUCCCAAAGAGAAAGGGCUGUAGUUCGGCGGUAGAGCUUUGCAUGCUUUGCUGGGAAUGUCCCCUAUCUGAAACCCUGAAGAGCCACUGCCAGUCAGUGUAAACAGUACUGCGCUAGGCGGACCAGUGGUCUUCCUUGGCAUAAGACGACUUUAUAUGUCCCUAUAUAUGCUUUUCUUAGAAGAAAAGGGCAUCAGGCUUCUGUUUAAGUGCAUUUGCAUAUCAGUUUGAUUUGAUUGUAUGGGCCUCAGGGUCAUGCUGAUUUCUGUUUAUGCUUUCAUUAGGUUGAUCGGGGAGACUAUAAAGCACAUUAUGAUGCUUAGUACUGCAGUAAUUAAAUUAAAGCAGGCAAGUAUCCUUUCUGUUAAAACGUUAAGGCUCAUUGUCUAGAAAAGAUAUAUUUGCCAACCCAUGGUAGAUACAAGUGUAGCUGUACUUAAAAAAGUUACUGUGUUUACAUACUACACUUUUUCCUAAAAAAAAAAGUACUAAAGUUAAUAUUCACAGUUACAGUAUUACUUUGGGGUGUCGGGGGGUAGUGGGGGGGACACAUUGUGCUCUUUUCAGGGUAGCUUGUCCACCUUUGGUCCCCACCCUGCACCUGUGGCUCCUAGAAGCUGUCAGCAUGCAACAGUAGCCACACCCCCGGGAAUGGCUUUGACUGGCCAGCUAAACCAGGGGAGGGGAGCCAAUGGGUCUUAAACCAUCAGUGAAUAAGGGACUUCCGAAUAUGUGAAGACAGGUUUCGGCAGAUUGAGUGGAUGAGACCAAUAAUGGGUCCAAUGUUCAAGAAGUUGGUUUCUGCACAGGCUAUAUAGAGAAGUGAGGGGCAGAUGGGGCUUAUCUGGGAAGGUAGUCCAUGUAGGAGGAGGAAAACUGAUCCCAAACCUCUACUGCCUUGUGGGACAUCUUCAGGAGAAGAAAAUCCUAAGGAGUAAACCCUACACAAAUCUGGAAUGGAGUCCUUAAGGUGGUUGGAUGGCAUCUUGUACACCACCUUGUGACAACUCCUGCAGCCAAGUUGGUGCCAAAUAUAUUUAUCUGCUUUCCUUUGGACCACAGCAGGAGGCCAAGAGGGGGCGGUCUUGUCAUCUGGGCAUCCCAGGACCUCCAUACACACUGCUCAGGCUUAUGCCCCAGGGAGGUCACUUUGGUGCUGCUAACUCAGUGUUUUGACUUCACCUCUGGAAGAGCACUCCAUUGUCUCUCGAGGUAGACAAUGUAUUACUCUGACAACCGGGGUAGAUAUUUUUUACAAAAUGUAUUAAUGAACUGCAUUUUUAAUAUAGCAGUCACGUGAACUGGAAGAAAAAUUGAAUGAAGUUAAGCAGAGAAGACAAUGUAAGUUUUUUAACCGUAGUGAAAUAUUGGUUUCCCUUUUGUAUCUUAUAAAGGUGGUGUGCCAUGAAAAUGAGAGUGUGUUGAAAACAUUAUCAUUCCACCCAGUGAUGGAUGUGCACAUUAUAAAUUCUCAUGGAUAGUCAGUUUGGUGGUUAGUGCAAAAGGGGUGUGGUAAGGAAGGUGCCCCAAGAACAGUAUAAAGGCCACAUCACAGUAGCAUUGUGUGCAAUUACACAGGUGCUAAGGCUUCUUUCUGUGGGCAUUCAAGAACAAUAACAGAAAUAGGUAAGCAUCCCCACAAAGUUUUCCGUUAACUACUCCAAUUCUGGUUUUACUGGAUGAUUACUGCUGCUUGCUUUACUCAUACAGUAGUACCUCAGGUUGCAAACGGGAUCUGUUCCGGAGCCCCAUUCACAUCCUGAAGCGAACGCAACCCACGACUGCCCGUCUGUGGGGGGGGGGGUCGCGAUUCGCCGCUUCCGCGCAUGCGCAAGACGUCAUUUUGAGCAUAUGCGAGAGCGGCAAAACCUGGAAGUAACGUGCUCUGUUACUUCUGGGUCACCACGGAGCGCAACCCGAAAAGGCUUAGCUUGAAGCGACUUCAACCCAAGGUAGGACUAUAUUUUCAUGAUCCCAUUUAGAAAAGAACCUUAAGCCAUAUUAUGGCCUUAAUACAGGUCCAUGCAGAGCUUGUCAGAAGCCCAGGGCGGGAGGCUUGUCUGUGAGACAGGCCAACGCCUAAUCUGACCUAGUAUGCAGUAACACAGGUCCAGAUUUUACUAUCAAAGCCUUGCAGUGCAUAUGGACAGGCAUGGGUGUUUCACCCAAUAAGUCCCCGGUCUGUCACAGGGCGUUCUUGGCAUGACAGCAUGUCUGGAGGGCCCCUUGGCUAGCUUAGCCCUCCGAUGCCCAGGGCAAGUGGGCCUGGCUGCCCCCACCCACACAGACCUGCCUUAAUGUGUACAAACUUUCUUCCAAAACCAAGUUUUUGUAGAAUCAGCAGAGCUUGUUUUUAUUUGCACACUUAAUAUAUACUUCUGCAUACACAGGGAAUCCCCUUAGUAUGUAGAAACCAGUACCUUGAUUUUUCAUCGGUCCAGUUUGCUUCUAAACAGCCUGGCACUCCCUGCUCAAAGUUUGCUUUUACUAUAUAAGAUCACUUACCUUUGAUUUUUGUUCACUACUCAGUGCUGACUUACUACUUUUUACAGUGUUGAAAUGCAAUACUUGCAUUGUAGUAGCUUCUUUAAGUGUUUUGUAGCUCGUUAUUGGUUGUAUUAAUACUAUGCAUGCCCAUAAAUCUGCUCUGGAAGGUCCCCCAACCCUGUGGAGCAGCUUUUGAGGGUGCACAGAUGGCUGCAGGAGGGGGUGGGGAAAGGAAAGGGAAUUGAAGUUGUGUCAGAUGGAAGUCUGUUCUGCUCACGAAACAGCAGCAUUGGAUAAAACUCUACAUGUGUUUAGAGUUCUAACGGUUUAAGCAUGGUGUGUGGAAUGGAGGCAUACAGCCAUACCUUGGAACUUGAACGGAAUCUGUUCCGGAAGUCCAUUUGGCUUCCAAAAUGUUCAAAAACCAGAUCAUGGCUUCUGAUUGGCUGCAGAAGCCUUGUUGGACAUUCGGGUUCCAAAAGAACGUUCACAAACCAGAACAAUCACUUCCAGGUUUGCAGUGUUUGGGAGCCAAAACUUAUGAGUUCCAGGGUGUUCGACAACCAAGGUACAACUGUAUUUCUUUAUUUUAAAACCGUGUCAUAAAUCACUCACUACAAAGCCUCUUCUUGCACUAGGGUUUGGGAAAUAAUCAAGUUCAUAGUUUCAUAUUUUUCUCCUCAUAAUUCAAUAGCACUAAAGCAAGCUAUGGAUUGCAAACUGGCAGAUAUACAUAAUAUGAAUAUGAAACGAAAAGAGGAACUGGACAAUAUGAAAGUGAGUGAAAUGUUGAAGAAGGCCCGUAGAAAUCUGCAAAAGGAAAUUGAGAUGACGACAUUGAUUCAAAACAUCUUCCAGGUAAAACUGCCUCUGAGAAGGACAGAUUAGUUCAUUUUGAUCACCUAUGACAAAUCUGUACUAAAUAUAAAUUGAGUCAGUUUAUAUCCUACUAGCAAGAAUGACUUUACUGAUGAGAAAGCUGCUUUUACUGGGGAAUUUUGUGAUCUAUUGACAGUUUAAUAUAUUAAACUUUUAAAUUUUUGUGCAUAGAUGGAGAAUGACCAAACGUAUAACUUGCAUGAUGCAUGACCACUUUCUUUUAUCAGCCCACAUUUUCCCCCCUUUUUUAGUAUUGACAUCCUGAAGAGAGUUCGAUUUGCUAUUGGGAGCAUGAAGUAGCUGAAGUAUUUCUUUAAAAGCUAAACAAACUGAUUUUGUUUCAGAAUCUCAUUAUUGGAAGUGAGGUCAAUUGGGCAGAAGAUCCAGCUUUGAAGGAAAUUGUUCUGCAACUGGAGAAAAAUGUGGCUAGAAUGUGAAGAAGCAGAGCAGUACAUUUUCUAUGGUUUGCUGAUUCAGAGGAGAAGCAGUAGUCUGACAAGCUAUUGUGACAAAGAGGUGUGUUUUCAUAAUCAUAACUCCAGUGGCGCUUAAUUAUAUUGAUGCACAGAUGGACUUGAAAACUUCCUGCUGUAAAAUAUGUUGCCUAAUUUAAUGGCUAGAUUUGUUUGCUCUACCUUGGAAGAACCAUUCCAGUUUUAUGGAAGGAGUUAUUAACGGAGAGUAUUGUAACUGCAACAUUCUUCCCACCGGCUCCUCAAUUUCCAGAGAAAUUAUUGGCUGUUGCCUUGGAACGAAGACAGAGCAACAGGUUUGCCUUUUAAAUCUUAUUUCCUGCUGGGAAGGCAGGAAUGCCUUUCCUUACAUUUUGACUUUCUUUACCACCUAUAACGAGCACAUCAUUUUUAUGUGUGCCAGUGGAAAGCAGCUUAGCAUUUUGAGGGAUCAUUUUUGUGAUCAUUUUUGUUAUAUUCAAUGGAUUUCCAAAGCCACUUCACUACAUUGGUAUGUUAUGCAUGUUUAGUUAACUGUUGUGCAUUUAAAUAGUUGGCUGCCGCUAUUAUUGCAGUGCCAUCAGUAUACAUGUAACAUUGUGCAUUUAAGUGUUUCAUUAAAAAGUUAGGUGCCUGACUCCAAGGAACUUGAAAUCUAAAAUAAUGAGGAACAUAAUGAAGGGAAGGACAGGGGUGGAGAAAUUUUACUGUAGAAUGACCAUAGGUUAGAAUUCUUGUAUUGUUUAUACAUGUUAUGCCAUAGUAUUGGCUGCAUUUGCAGUGAAAUAAAAUAGCUUUAUGUGUUAUCCUAUAUGGUUUGGAGGGUUCAAACCUCUUACAAGCUUAGCACUCAUGGGAAUAAGAUGUGGCCCUCUUGUGGAAGGAUGGUUAUUGGUUUGGUUUGCUUUUAUUGUAUAUUUUGCAUCUUCAUUUUGUAUUUUUAUGUUGUGAACAAUUCUGUGGUCUUCACAUGAAGGGUGGUAUAUAAAUAAAUAAAAAACUCUUGUAUAUCAGGAAUGGUUCUACGAAGGGAGGUAAAUUGGUGGUGAUUGGCCAGGAACAAGAUCUUGGGGUCAUGUUGAUCCACUAUAUAGCAGUUGCAAAAAAUAUAAAUUCCAUGCUAGGGAUCAUUAGGAAAGAAUUAAAAAUAAAGCUGCUGAUAGCAUAAUGCCAUUAUACAAAUCUAUAUUGCAACUGUAUUCCUACUGCCCGUAGUUCUGGUUGCCUUACUUCAAAAAUGAUACUGUUGAGUUGGAAAACGUUCCAAAAAGUGAAAAGCAAAAUGAUCAAGGAAAUGGAACAAUUCUCCUAUAAGGAAAGGCUGCAGCAUUUGGAGGUGUUUUUUAAUUUAGCUAAGAGGUGACAUAAUAUAAACGUGUGUGAUAAUGCCAUGGAGAAAGUGGAUCAAGGCAAGUUCUUCUCCCUCAUAACAUUUGACUUGUAGCUAUCCUAUGGAGCCAAAUGUUGGGAGAUUCAGAACAGACAGAAGAAAGUACUUCUUCACACAGCACAUAUUUAAAACCAUGGAAUUUGCUCCCAC